UUUGAUACAUCGAUCGAAUCUUAGAGUGAGAAAGCGAAUGGACAAAUGGACAAAUAGACAAAUAAACUCACGUUUAGAACACAUAUUGGCCACGAAUUGAUCCACAAAAAUGUAUCGAGGCUCGUCGAACCCUGACUAUCACCGGGUACCGAUUCCCCCUUCGGGAUUCGGUCAUUCCGUAUCAGGUUUUGGACCUCCUCCGUUUUGUCCCCCUUAUGGGGGACCUCCGGGCCCUGGAUACGGUGCUCCGCCGCCCGGUCCUCCACCGGGACAUCUGCAGUCCAGUCCGUAUAUCGCAGUGAACGACAGAUACAGAGAAACAUUUUACGAGAACCGAUCCUUCACAAGCCACAAUGCUAACCAGAGUGGAUCCACACAAAACACAUCAUCAAACCAGCCUCAGCUUGGUAACUCUUCACAAAACUGGUCUACCCAGAAGCAGGAUGAACAAAACCAAGAAGUCAGGAAAAAAGCUGAAGAAUUUCUCAGAAUCCUGGAGGCGAGUGACCGAACUGAGGCCGCAGUAGAUAAAAACAUCACAGGGGAUCGUUCCUCAGACAAACAUGGCCACAGCCGAGCGCGGAGUCGUAGUAGAGGAAAGAGCCGUCCUCGCAGUCGCAGCAGAAGCAGAGAAAGGAGCCGGGCCCGUAGUCGAGCACGCAGCCGGUGUCGUGGGAAAAGUCGGCCUCGCAGCAGAUCGCGCAGUGUUAGCCGCAAUCGCACCAGGGCCAAGAGUCGCCCAAGGAGUAGGAGCCGUAGUCACAGUCAUGGGAGGAGCACAACGCGCUCCAAGAGUCAACCACGUGUGAGUCCCAGCCAGAAUAAACCGUCUUACAUGGUGACCAUAGAUAACAAUCCCAGCUCAACUGGCACCAGCAGCGGCCUGAAUCUCGGCAGCAGUUCCAUGCCUGAUUUGGUUUAUGGCCUGCGACAGAUCCUACAAAGUAAAGAUAUAGAGAAACACCUGCCUAUGGUCAAGAAUGCCCUUCUUAGAAACCAGAGUGCUGACGAUACAAAGGGAAUGGUUCUUGGAAGCCAGCCUGCUGUAACAGGUUUCCAGAACCUUCAGCCAGAACCUGAAACUUUUGCUGGACUCAAAUACGGCACUCUGCUACCUCACGAGAGAGCAGGAGGAAAUAGCAGCAGUUUUCCCAACAUCCUAUCCUGGAACACCCCCAACCCGCAGCCUGAAAGCAAGCCUGUGAUCCACAGUGUUGAAGAUGAGGAGAAAUUCCUUUAUGGAGAGGAAGAGGAGAGAGCCAAACCUCAGGCUGUGACCGUUCCGUUGGCCCAGACUGGAUCUGUUAGGUCUCCAGUUUAUCAUGUCAGUAAAGAACCCCAGACUCACAGUCUACAGGAACCCAAACCGCAUACCAUGCUUAGCGUGCAGCCUGCCACUUCAGGAUCUACGAAAGUCACGCCAGAAGAAUGCGAGAAUGUAAAAAGUUUGCUUAGGGCCAUCGGGCUGAAUCCAAGCCCGGCUGAUAUCUAUAAAAUGGCUGUUAAACUGAAAGAGAAGAAGGAGGAACAAGGUGUUUCUUCCUCGCUCCCACUGCUCAAACCAGCUCUUGAGGCACUGCAAGCACUCUCCAAAGCAUCCAAAAGUGAUGACAGUCGGAGUAAUCGUUCUGGAAGCAGCCAUUCCAACCGGGACCCAAAGCGAGAGGUGAAGAAGAUUGAUGAGAAGGAGCGAGAGAGAAGAGAGAAACAGAUUCACAAUAAAAGGAAAGAGUAUUUGGUGAAGGAACUAGAGGGUCUACUCAAACAGGAAGGCAGUGGGGAAUUGAUCCCAGUGAUGGGUUUCUUCUGCCAGCGCUGUGAGGAGUUCUUUGGGGAUCUGAAUAAUGCAGAGAAACAUGUCGCAGAUCAUAAACUCGACGAGAAAAAACAGCUGGGGUCACAGGGACAACCCAAGGAUGCUAAUAGACACGGUGACCAACAUCAAACAUCAUCGCAUAGAAAAGAGAGCCCCUCCAAUAGGGGUGAAAGGUCGCGGGUUCUCCAGGAACACAGAGAACGCAGUCCCGACAAGAAGCGCAUCAGAGACGACAAACAGCCUCAAACUCAACCCGAAUCUAAGGGCAAACACAGUAAAGAUGAGAGUAAAAACAAACCCAAUGACAAACAGGAUGAUGAUGAUGCAGAAUCAACAAAGAGCCAGAAAAAGAGAAAGAAGAAGGAGAAGAAAUUGAAAAAGAAAGAAAAGAAGAAGCUGAAGAAAGAGAAGAAGAAAGGAGAAUCUGAUUCGCCAUAGAGUUGAGUGUUAUUCCAUCUAUGAUCUUGAUGAUUUUCCUCUGGUUAGCCUUGUUUAUGAUGGUUCUGAAAAGUUCUUGUUUUACAUCUUGAGUCACAUCAGGUACAGUUAAGUGUUUGUUUCCUUUAUGAAGAAUCAACUGUUGCAACCUGUUACAUUAAAUGUAGAACAACAAGAAAACAUGUCAAAGCUAAGCCCAGUCAUUUCUGUAUACAGUUCACUCACACAGUAUAUUGUGCUUUUGUUUAAGUAAAGAAUGUCUUGGUCAA